CAGUACUCCUCUCAAGAGCCCCGAUGGAAGCAGUGGGCUAGCUCUUGGCAGGAAAGAAGGGGGCGGAACCAGGGAUGGUCAGGAUGGGGAGGAAAGAGCAAGGUGAUGCUGGUCUGCAAGACUGAAGGGGAGGAGCCGGUACACCUGUGCAAGACUGAAGGGGAGGAGCCGGUACACCUGUGCAAGACUGAAGGGGAGGAGCCGAUUCACCUGUGCAAGACUGAAGGGGAGGAGCCGAUUCACCUGAGCAAGACUGAAGAGGAGGAGCCGAUUCACCUGUGCAAGACUGAAGGGGAGGAGCCGGUACACCUGUGCAAGACUGGAGGGGAGGAGCCGGAACACCUGUGCAAGACUGAAGGGGAGGAGCCUGUACACCUGUGCAAGACUGAAGGGGAGGAGCCAGUACACCUGUGUAAGACUGAAGGGGAGGAGCCAGUACACCUGUGUAAGACUGAAUGGGAG